CCCCACCUAACCCUCUACAGUAAAUCCACCUAACCAAAACCCCAUACACAUCAUCAUCAUCAUCAUCAUCAUCAAAACCUCUCUAUAAAAACCCAACAACCACUCCAAACAUUUUCAUUACCCAAAACACAAAAACACACUCAACAAUGGAUCUUCUCCUCCUUGAAAAGACCCUUUUAGCCCUCUUCAUUGCCGCCACAAUCGCCAUCACAAUCUCAAAACUCCGUGGCAAACGCUUCAAACUCCCACCAGGUCCAAUCCCAGUCCCUAUCUUCGGUAACUGGCUUCAAGUCGGAGAUGAUCUCAACCACCGUAACCUCACCGAUUACGCCAAACGCUUCGGCGAAAUGUUCCUCCUACGUAUGGGCCAACGUAACCUCGUGGUAGUUUCUUCCCCAGAACUCGCCAAAGAAGUCCUCCACACACAAGGUGUUGAAUUCGGAUCACGUACACGUAACGUAGUUUUCGAUAUCUUCACUGGUAAAGGACAAGACAUGGUGUUCACAGUCUACGGCGAACAUUGGCGUAAAAUGCGCAGAAUCAUGACAGUUCCGUUUUUUACAAACAAGGUUGUUCAACAGUAUCGUUACGGGUGGGAGUCUGAAGCUGAGAGUGUUGUUAACGAUGUUAAGAACAACGCCGAAGCAAGUAUUGGUGGGAUUGUUAUAAGGAAGAGGUUGCAGUUGAUGAUGUAUAAUAUUAUGUAUAGGAUUAUGUUUGAUAGAAGAUUUGAAAGUGAAGAGGAUCCUUUAUUUGUCAAGUUGAAAGCUUUGAAUGGUGAAAGGAGUCGUUUGGCUCAAAGUUUUGAGUAUAAUUAUGGUGAUUUUAUUCCUAUUUUGAGACCUUUUUUGAAAGGCUAUUUGAAGGUUUGUAAAGAGGUUAAAGAUCGUAGGUUGCAGCUUUUCAAAGACUAUUUCGUUGAUGAAAGAAAGAAGCUUGAAAGCACCAAGAGCACCACGAGCAAUGAUGGACUAAAAUGUGCUAUUGAUCACAUUUUGGAUGCACAAAAGAAGGGUGAAAUCAAUGAUGACAACGUUCUUUACAUUGUUGAGAACAUCAAUGUUGCUGCAAUUGAAACAACACUAUGGUCAAUUGAAUGGGGAAUUGCUGAGCUAGUGAACCACCAAGGCAUCCAAAACAAAGUAAGGGAAGAAAUGGACAGAGUUCUUGGACCAGGACACCAAGUAACUGAGCCAGAUCUCCACAAGCUACCUUACCUACAAGCUGUGAUCAAAGAGACACUUCGUCUACGAAUGGCGAUCCCACUCCUCGUACCACAUAUGAACCUUCAUGAUGCAAAGCUCAAUGGUUUCGAUAUCCCAGCCGAGAGCAAGAUAUUGGUCAAUGCAUGGUGGCUUGCAAACAACCCGGCUCACUGGAAAAAGCCGGAGGAAUUCAGGCCCGAACGGUUCUUGGAGGAAGAGUCUCAUGUCGAAGCUAAUGGAAAUGAUUUUAGGUACCUUCCUUUCGGUGUUGGUAGAAGAAGUUGCCCCGGAAUUAUUCUUGCCUUGCCUAUCCUUGGUAUCACUAUUGGGCGUCUGGUUCAGAAUUUCGAGCUUUUGCCUCCACCUGGACAAUCAAAGAUUGACACUUCUGAGAAAGGAGGACAGUUUAGUCUGCAUAUACUCAAACAUUCAACCAUUGUUGCUAAGCCAAGAUCAUUUUAAUUAGUCUUCACACUAAUA